AUGAAACGUGCGCGCGAGGUGUAUGGUGAGGAGGGGGAGCAGCGAUGCGAGAAGAUCGUGGAAUUCAUUCGGUCCCUGCGGUUUUCUGUUCCACUCUGCCGUCUGCGGGAGCAACAGGGGCGUAACCCCUGUCCUGGGUGUGGCAAGCGGCGGCAGUACUAUUGUUACGACUGCCUGACAGUUGUGCAUCCGGCGAGCCACCCCCCGCCGCUGCCGCUGCCGCUGAACGUUUACGUCAUCCUGCACCCCGGCGAGCUGCGCGGCAAGAGCACGAGCCUCGCCGCCUCCACCAUUUCCCCCGACCUGCACAUAGUGGACUAUCCGCAGGUACCAGCCGGCCUGGACCCCGAGUCCACACUCGUGCUGUACCCGAGCAGCGAGAGCACCGAAUUGGGUGACAUCUCGGAUUUGGAUUCCUUCAAGAAUGUCAUCUUCAUUGAUAGCACAUGGCAGCAGAGCAAAGCAAUUGCACGUGACGAGCGUGUGCAUAAGUUUAGGCAUGUGCGAAUCAAGUCACAGACGUCAUUGUUCUGGAGAUUUCAAAACAACGACCCCACAUACUUGGCGACAGUAGAGGCUAUCUACUAUUUUCUGCGGGAGUUCAUUACACACAGGAAUGCACAACGCAGAGGGGUGACGCCGCCUUUCUACAAUGGGGAGGUGGACGACCUGCUCUUCUACUACAUCAAUCAAUACAUUUCGGUGCAGCAGCGCUACACUCACGAUAACACGAAACAGUACACAACGCGGCACUUUGAUGGUUAUAUCCUCAAAAGUUCGUUGUGGGACGAGUUGGUGGCGCCACAGGCAGAUGCCGCAGCAAAGCCAACAGCUGGCAAAACCACACAGCAAGUAAUACCCGAGUAA